CUCUAAGUGUGUUCGUGACAAUUGGCAUGUCAGUACUAAACAAAGAGAUCUAGAUCUAUCUAUUCUAGAGUAUAUUUGAUGAACAUUACUUCUUUUCAUCAUAAUCAACAGAUGACAUGACAGACCCAGUCAAUCAUAUAAAAAACCAGGAGCUGUCUGAUCCAUCCCUGAAUGGAACAACGGCUCAUAAAGAUUCUGUCAACGGGGUGGCAUUAACAAAGAAUGUGGAUGGCAUCAGCCGCAAAGACAGACGGAAAGACUGGUGGGAGAAGAAGAACAAAAAGGUGGAUGAGAAGCCAGCGGAUGCUGUAGCUGCCACCACUGAGGAUGGACCUGAACAAACCCGACCCAAACUCCGCAACAGGGACACCAUUGCCAAACCAGACAGUUUGAAAUAUGAACCAGAUUACCGUGGUUUCCACAGUAAAAUCAUGCAGAACCUCUACACCAAUACAUCGACUAAGAAAAAAAGAAAACAGACUGAAGCCUCAAAGAGAAAAGCCAAUGCAGGUGCGGAACAGGAUAUAAAAAAACAGAAAACUGAUGAGGGCAACGAGGCUCUGGACUUGUAUAAAUUUUCUUUAAAUUUGAUUAAUGGUGAUGUGGACACCUCCAAAUCGGCAGCAUCGAAAGACUCUAAGGAUAAAUAUGUUCUUUUUAUUGGCAAUCUGCCGUAUGAUGUAACACGUGAGCAGUUGGAGGAGCACUUCAGGAAAACUGGUGGGAUAAAAUCAAUUCGCAUUCCACGGGACAAAGCUACAGAUAAGGGACGAGGAUUUGCUUACAUGGAAUUUGAUGGCAGAAUAAGUCAUGGGAUAGCACUGCGGCUACACCAGACCACUCUAGGAGGUAGAAAGAUCAACGUAGAGUUCACAUCCAUUGGCGGGGGGAAGUCUGAGGCCAGGAAGGAGAAAUUGCGCCAGAAGAACCACAAACGGAGAAACAUGAAAAUGCGCUGAGUUUUUUUGUACUGUUAGGACUGGACAUUUUAGCUGACAUUCUCUGGUACUUGUGAUGAGACAUACUUGUCAGUGUUUUACUGACAUCAGUGAUGGAUCCAGUGUGUCGUCUAUCUGGUACUGUCAGCCUCAGUAUACCACGUCUUGGGGUUGGAUUUAGGGUUUAAGUUUAGGAUUAGCUUUAGUAUAGAAAUUAUACCAGCAUUAUCAUACUUUAAAGGUUACG